CGUCCACAUGAUCACAUGAUGCUCGGCUCUUUUUAGCCCUCAGGGGAGAUUGAGCUGCAUUCAGAAGACGUCCACACGCUGAUAAACAUACUUGACACAUACUGAGCCGUCCAUCUUCAUCAUGGACCUGAGACUGCUGUUAGUAACUUCUGCUGUUCUCCUGGGGGCCACGCUCACCAUCUCACUGGCAGACCGAACCUCACAGUGCAAAGUCAAAUGGUUGUUUGACAUCUCGUGUGAGCUUGUCCAAGGAAAGCUGGUGAACCAGAUCAAGGCCUGGCAGAUCAGACAGAGCUGUUUGUAUGCAGGAGAGAAGUGCUCCUACGAGCUUGUGGCGUCAGUUCCGUACCUGAUCACAGCCACACACACCUCUCCAACCACCAAGAAACUGAGCGACCUUCAGUUUCUCCUGGAGCAGUCCACCGUCUGCAAAGUGACUGGAGAGGCGGUGUCUGAGUUCCCUAUAGAGCCGGCUGAUAACAGCACAAACUACUGCAGCCUGCAGAACUUGAUGGAUGGGAGUAACCUGAUCAAUGCUGAGGGGUACAAACAGUUCAGCAACAAAUGGAUCUGUUCUGGGUUUGAUACUGCAAACUGCACUUUAACCUAACUGGAAGAAAAAAAAUCUCUUUACAUGAAUAACCCUUUUUUUUAAAUUAGGUAUCAUCAAGAUUUGGUGUCAUAGUUUUUAAAAUAGUGGCUUUUAAUUGCAGCUAGAAUCUUAUUUGAACUUUGAAUAUUACUGAAGCUAUAUGUUAGAAACAUGUUUUUGUCAUAAUUCAUUGUUUAUCAUUUCCAUUAUAUGAAACCGAUAUCCAGAAUUGUUGAACAGCUGAUUACUUUGAAAGACGUAAUGAUUGACCUGUUCUUAUAAAAAAGCAAUUAAAUGCAUUAAUUCAAA